CGCUGCCGCCGCCGCCGCCGCCGCCAUUGCGACUGGAAAGAUGCGGUGAAGUUUGCCGCGGAAGAGCGAGAGCCGUCAGCGUCAGCCAGUGAGGCAGGCGGGCGGGCAGAGGCAGAGCGCGUGCGAGCGGCAGGCACUAGCCCUCGCGGAAAUCGGCCAUCUUGCUUUUAGUGCACGCUUGGAUCUCGUAACGGACAGUCACUCGCCUCCGUCAGCCACCCUUUUCGGGCGGUCGUGCGUGUGCGGGCGGUGGCAGGCCAGCAGCUCUAGGCGGUGCGCCGCGUACGCAGAGCGAGAAAUCACAGCUGUGGAGAAAUAGAGAAGGCGAUAAGGAGAGUGCGUGCGUGUCGAACGAGCGGUGUAGCGCGGAUUACGCGACUCCGGCGGCAGGAUGGCGGGCAACACGGGUAUGGAACAGUUGAUCCCGAUCGUGAACAAGCUGCAGGAUGCGUUCACGCAGCUCGGCGUGCACAUGCAGCUCGAUCUGCCGCAGAUCGCGGUGGUGGGCGGCCAGAGCGCGGGCAAGAGCUCCGUGCUCGAGAACUUCGUCGGCAAAGACUUCUUGCCAAGAGGUUCAGGCAUUGUGACAAGGAGACCUCUCAUCUUACAGUUGAUUAACAGCCCAACUGAAUUUGCGGAAUUUUUACAUUGCAAAGGUAAAAAAUUUGUGGAUUUUGAAGAAGUGCGGAAGGAAAUUGAAGCAGAAACAGACAGGGUGACUGGAGGUAACAAGGGCAUUUCUAACAUACCAAUUAAUCUCAGAGUAUAUUCACCCAACGUUCUAAAUUUGACAUUAAUUGAUUUACCUGGACUUACAAAAGUACCGAUCGGAGAUCAACCAGCAGAUAUAGAAGCCCAAAUUAAAGCCAUGAUCUUUCAGUUCAUCAAACGUGAAAAUUGUCUCAUAUUGGCAGUCACCCCAGCUAAUACUGAUUUAGCUAAUAGCGAUGCUCUUAAACUUGCUAAAGAAGUGGAUCCACAAGGUGUACGUACAAUUGGCGUUAUCACUAAACUGGAUCUCAUGGACGAUGGCACCGAUGCAAGAGAUAUUUUGGAAAAUAAAUUAUUGCCAUUGAGAAGGGGUUAUAUCGGAGUUGUCAAUAGAAGUCAAAAGGAUAUAGAAGGAAGGAAGGAUAUCAAAAAUGCUCUGGCCGCUGAGCGAAAGUUCUUCCUCAGCCAUCCGUCUUAUCGUCAUCUAGCAGACAGGUUGGGUACGCCAUAUUUGCAGAGAGUUCUCAAUCAACAGUUAACAAAUCAUAUCAGGGAUACCUUGCCAGCUCUAAGAGAUAGAUUACAAAAGCAACAGUUAGCUUUAGAGAAGGAUGUCGAGCAGUACAAACAUUUCAGACCUGAUGAUCCUGCAAUCAAAACAAAGGCUAUGUUACAGAUGAUACAGCAGCUUCAGUCAGAUUUCGAGAGGACCAUAGAAGGCUCAGGUUCAGCACAAAUUAAUACUAACGAACUCAGUGGUGGCGCGAAAAUCAACAGACUUUUCCAUGAGCGUUUCCCGUUCGAAAUUGUUAAGAUGGAAUUUGAUGAAAAAGAAUUAAGGAAAGAAAUUGCUUUUGCCAUUAGAAAUAUACAUGGUAUCAGGGUGGGAUUAUUUACCCCAGACAUGGCUUUUGAGGCAAUAGUCAAAAAACAAAUAAACAGACUUAAAGAACCAAGUCUCAAGUGUGUGGACUUAGUCGUGCAAGAACUUAGUAAUGUUGUACGCAUUUGUACUGAUAGGAUGUCGCGUUAUCCUAGACUGAGAGAAGAGACGGAACGUAUUAUAACGACAUACGUCAGGCAGCGCGAACAAAUGUGUAAAGAGCAGCUGAUUUUGCUGGUGGAUUGCGAACUCGCAUACAUGAAUACGAAUCAUGAAGAUUUCAUCGGUUUUGCGAACGCUGCAGCCAGUUACCAUAAUGCAAGUGCACAGCAAUCCUCGGAGAAUUCCGUUAAGUCUGGACGGCAUACAUUAGGCAACCAAGUAAUUCGUAAAGGCUACAUGUGCAUACAUAAUCUCGGUAUUAUGAAGGGCGGUUCAAGAGAUUACUGGUUUGUUUUAACAUCGGAGAGUAUCUCCUGGUUCAAGGAUGAAGAAGAACGUGAAAAGAAGUACAUGUUGCCUUUGGAUGGCCUGAAAUUGCGUGAUCUAGAACAAAGUUUCAUGUCGCGUCGUCACCUAUUUGCGUUAUUCAAUCCAGAAGGAAGAAACGUUUAUAAAGAUUAUAAACAGCUGGAGUUGAGUUGUGAAACACAAGAUGAUGUUGACUCCUGGAAAGCGUCAUUCCUGAGGGCUGGUGUAUAUCCCGAAAAAUCAACAGAGCAAGCAAAUGGCGAAGAAGAUGGAUAUGAGGGUGGAACAGAGGGUCAAUCAUCGAUGGAUCCUCAAUUGGAGCGUCAGGUGGAAACUAUCAGGAACUUAGUAGAUUCUUACAUGAAGAUUGUCACGAAAACUACCCGUGAUCUGGUUCCAAAGACAAUUAUGCACCUUAUUAUUAACAAUGCUAAGGACUUUAUUAAUGGAGAAUUGUUGGCACAUCUUUAUGCAAGUGGCGAUCAGUCUUCAAUGAUGGAAGAAUCUCCCGAAGAGGCGCAGAAACGGGAAGAGAUGCUACGUAUGUAUCACGCAUGUAAAGAGGCUCUUCGUAUCAUUGGAGAUGUCUCCAUGGCCACGGUUUCAACCCCAGUACCACCACCCGUGAAGAACGACUGGCUGGCAUCCGCCGACAAUCCAAGUCUUGGAUUAUCACCACCAUCUCCUGGUGGUCCAAGACGCGGAGUGACACAGCCACCACCUAUUUCUAGCUCACGAGCACCACCACCAGUACCUGGAGGCGGGCGGCCAGCACCAGCCAUUCCUAAUAGACCUGGUCCAGGUGGACCACCACCGACGCGAGCUAAUCCUGGCCUACCUCCACCUAUGAUACCAUCGAUCUCUAGGGAUUCCGCGAUGAACAACGAAGCGUAAACGGUGAGGGCCAUCGAGUGGUAUGUAAAAGACACAGAGAUAAAGAUAUUGAUAUUUAUUUCGAAUCGUGCGGAAUUUGUUCUUUUUUUUUUAAUCGACGCAUGCGCAGUUAUUUUUACAUAUCUUUUUAUAAUUAUUUUUGCAUCGUAAUGUUAAUAGUAGCCGCGCGAGAACGACAACGAGAACGGCGAUAUUGGAAAACGCAUCACAAUUAUUCUGUAAAUUAGAUCAAAACGCCGGUACAAGUGAAGUAAUGGAAAUUGUACAUAUAUACAGUUUACAAAUAUAGUAUUACGCGUAAAUGUGUUAGGAAGAAAGAGAUUUUUGUAUUACCAAACACUAAUAGCCAGUCUAUACGCGACACCGACUGACGACGAAUGUGUACCAAGGACACACAAUAAAUCAAAUAAAUAAAUAUUUAAUACGAAACAGUUCGUUUUAUCAAUGUAAGAAAUGUUUCUGCCAUAAAUUAUGAUAAGAUAUAUAAUAUUAUUUAUCC